AUGGAAGGCGGCGAGGCGAUCUCUCAUGACACCAACUGGUCCUCCAUGAAUGUCAUCCUGGAGAAACAGGUUCGUUCUGAUAAGGACUCGCCCGCAGUCAGCACAGACCUGGAGUGCUCCAUGCCGCUUGGUAUGUUCGAGAGUUUUUUUCUCGGUACGACCCAGGUAAAAGAUCUCGAAUUAAGCCCUCUUUAGAAAGGACAGGACCUUUUAUUUUUUAAAUUAAUCUUUGUGGCUCGAAAAACCGUAGAAUUAAAUAGUGUACUGUUUUGCAAUUUUGUGCCAUUAUGUACAGCCCUUCUAAAAGUUAAUGGCCCUUGUUUGAAAUAAUUCAUAAGUGCUGUUUAUAUCGAAAACCAAACUAAUGUGUCACAUACAGAAAUGUGGCUGUCUUUGUCAAAACAGUGGCCAGAAUAAGCCACAUGUAGAUAAAAGGCUUCGGCGUCUAAAAUUUUAAAGACAAUUGGACAUUUAUGGAAGCUAAAGCAGGCGCCUAGACUUUGAAAAGUUGUUCGCACCCAAAUUGACCCCGAUCUUACACUUUAUUCGCGAAUAGGAAGACAGUUUGCUGAGACCCAAUUAUUCGUUUUGGCAAUAUAUCCGUCAACUAGGUGUAAUUCCCCGAACACUACUUCAAAUAACGACGAAUUUUGCUGCGAAUUCUAAUUUGCUAUUUUGAGGGACACAGUGUGAUUUUUGCAUUUUUGAUGGAAUGUCGGUUAUGAUUAUUGUUUUUAAGAACUGUACUGUCCGGUGCGUUUAAGUUUCAACUUGUAUUGCACCGUAUACGGAAGUUCAUAACACACUUCGUUCAGACUACUUUAAACUAGAUGCCGGGCAUCUAGUAUCUGGAAACCACAAUAUCUGAUCAGCUUUGUUAAAUAAUGUCCUUAAAUGACUUUAAGAUACAACGGUGACGCAAGCGUACAUCGGCACAAAUUUCGUCUGGUAAAAAUGUAGACCGAAGGUGUGCUACUUAGUAAACUUUAACCCUAUUUGGUCAGCUUUUGGAAGCAAAUGACUCCUGGACAAAUUUAUUAAAAGAAUAAAAUUCAAUCAUUAUUCAAGGCGUCAGUUGUUAAUCUUACACGAGUAGAAAUGACAGCGGCACUACUAUUUAUCGGAAAAUCAGAGAGUAUUAACUGCCUUAUAUGUGAAAGUAUUCGUCGUUUAAACAAACUUUAUUGAAGCACAGACUUUAGCAAAUUAUUUGCCAUUCUCGGACAAAUAGGUAAGUGACGGUGGAAUUCAAGCCAUCACCUUUUGCGUUAAUGUUUAACUUAAAGACCAUACCCAGAACUCUAGGGAUUCAUCAGAAGCCUAGACCAGAAAGGCCUUAAAGACCACUUAAGUUGUCAUGAAAUGAUCAGGAUGAAUCAGCACGUACCUAAAGGACAUAAGCUAAGAGAAAUAUUCCCGCCCACACUGUCCACCCUCCUCACUUGUUGCUUGGGUAUGUCAUCUACACACUGUGAAGACGUAAAGGCGUAAUGGGGAAGAUAUCAUAUGCACUUUGCAUACCAUAAACCAGACAUCCCAGGGACAAUACGGGCCCAGAUAUUAUUAAUUUUGACCAGUCAAGAGAGAAAAGUUGUCGGGUUACACAGUGCCUCGUGAAAAAGGUUGGAUCAAUUGCUUUGUGGUAGCGAUUGACAAAGUUAUAAGAGCUCACAGCUGGAGCUCUGGGCAGGGGUUUGGGAGAAUGGGCCGUAAGCUGUAAUAAUUUCCUCACUGUCACUGGCCCUUCAUAAACACUCUGAUUGCUAUGCGGUAUAGCUUACAACAAAGCCACUAUAUGAAUUUACAAUUAAAGAUUUCAUAAUUGCUCUUUAAUUUUUAAUGUAAAUUUCAUCGUCGUUUAAAGUUCCCAGAACAGUGGUCAGUGUCAGCUCCUUUAAAUGCCUAUUUCUAACCACAUAUGUGUUCAAAAUGGUAAUUCAACUGGGCAAGAUACGCAGUGCACUGCUCCAAAGAGAAUUACGUUUACAAACCAAGACAAAUAUAUUAAAGAAGAGAAUAUGCAGAUACAGAUUAAAUGUCAUAAAAUUUUCCAAGAAAGCUUCCACAUAAUAACUCGCUGUACCGCACAAAAACCCGAAUUAUAUUACAAAUAACCGAUCUGAAACGCAGACAAAAUGACGGUUGCACAACUAGUGGUAUUUAAAAAUAAGUAGGAGACUUCGGAAGCAUAUGAAGUGGAAAUCAGUCGUACCAGAGGAGAAUCAAACGGGAAUAAUCUUUCCGUACGUAGGCAGGUGAUCAGUAAAAAAACCCCGAUUCUUUUUCCUUCUGAUCUUAUGUGCGAUCAAGUAUAUAACAUAUAGAGUAUAAGUGCAGCCUCCUGGCAGAAUGCAAAAAAAUCCACAGAUAUUUAUAUGACUAGUUGACUUAAUAAAGGUUCGUUCUCCUAAUGUGUUGAAAGUGCGAUUUUUGAGUACUUGCACUAGGAUCCAAUAAAUGAAAAGCACUUAUAAGUAAUACCACAGAGACAUGAUGGUUGUUGCGUAAAUACUGCUUUCCGAGGAGCAGACACAAUCGUGUUAUUGUCUUUAUUCCUCUUUGAAAACUGUAAAAACACAUGAAUUAAAUGCAACAAAAUAUCUCUAAAGGUUUCGAUUUUUCAUUAUUAUCGGCAGAUAGGGUUCUCAAGAUUAUCUUAUUUGAAGUUAUCAAAAGCCCUAGGAUACGAUUUGUAAAAAUGUCUUUCAUUAUAAAGUCAGGCUUUGCACGCUGCUAUUUCCAUAAAAAUAAUUUAUUCGUAGUUAUUGACCUACCUACAAGGGAAAACCCAUCAUCGAAUAGAAUAGGCAACUUUAAUAUUGGCUGGCGGUGACGCUGUGUCUUCGCAAUAAGAACCAAAACGUGUUUCGAACUAUUUUCCUAAAAUGAAUAUCGGGAUAUUGCUGUCUAUGCAAGUAAUGAUAACAGUUCCAUAGCUAUAACUUCUUAAAACUUGAAACCAACCGGCUAGUUAACUUUUCCUUAUGUGACUAAUUUAUCCAAACUUAUCAAAAAGAAGUUAAAAAAAACAGUUACAGGUUGCGCAAAAACCUACUGUUAGUUUGCACCUCCAGCUUUGCACACCCUUGGAACAGGAUUGCUUAUUUCAGUAGAACGGAAAUCGCCUACAAAUUCCCAUGUAUCAGUUAUGAUGCAGGACGUUUCUGGUCAGUCAGCGAAAUAUCUUUCGAAUCGUACACAUGAACAUCACCUCGCAGUAAAGAGACCUGACCAUUUAUUCCAGAAACUAUUUGUAUGGGGUAAAAACCGCAACACUAAUGUCCGCCCAGCACGAAAUGACGCUGUAGCUCUCCUUACAAUACAAUCAGGUUAGGCAUGUAGAAAUACGCUUAUUGAUUUUGCUGUCAUGGGCAAUUGCGAAGGUCAAUUUUCUGCGAACAUACGAAGUACCGACGGGAUAACUGACACUGGAAGAUGCUUAUUGGUAUAAACGUCAGGCAACCGCAGAAUUGCUUGUACGGCAUGGUUUAAAGUUACCUGCAUUCUGUACAUUUUCACCUUGCUUGACGAUGAGCUGGAGAAUCAGUUACGAGAAUAUAUGCACUAGAAGUUUGAUCUUCAAGCUAUGGAAAACAUCGAUUGCGUUGUGCAAUAAAACUUGUUAUAAACUCCUUGCUGACAUGCGAUUAGCAACCAUUGAUGAUCCGGAAAGGGAGUCUGACUAAACAGUGGUUAUUUCUAAUAUCCCGUCCCUUGUCAGUUAGAUGUGCGAAACCCAGGCCUCGUUAAGACGGGAUUCGGGUCAGGCCCACAUGAUAUCUGAUUCUAUUUUCGAUUUGUCUUUAAAAAGUUACGCUUGCUGGAAAUGUAGGUUAACAGUAGCCUUUGGAUCACAAACCAUAGGAUUAUUUUCUGACACUAAUGCUGAUUUGUGGAACAAAAGACCAUACAUUUUGCCAGUCAGAAUUCUUCAAGUUAAAACCCAUGAUCACUUGGAAAGAGCCUUUUAAUCAACAUUUUUUGCAUUUAAUUUACGCGACGAAACGAAUUGCCGUCAACAUACACAAAUGUCACUUGAUUAAAGGCCUCUCGCAUAGCACAAAGCCCUACGGCAAGGUAAGGCGCAAACACCCGAAUGUCUUUUUCGAUAGCAAAGUGCAAACAAAGCAUUUCUGAAUUCCAUCAUAAUGGGCUCUGUUUUUCCGCGGUAAAAUCGUCCCAAGAAUAGGUAUUAUUUAAAUGAAGCAGUCGGCAUAACCACUCGCUUAAUAUCAAAAUUUCUAUCAUAUAUUUUAAGAUAAUGUUUCCAUAUCGUCUUCUCAUCGAACAAAGAAGUGCCAGUAUGCUAACACUACUUAGCAGAUCCUAGAAUACAUGAGCUGUCCGCUAAUGCUCGGGAGGACAGAUACCGGCAGGUACUGCACUAAAGAGCGAUCCUAGAACUUAAGUCUUCUAAAACCUACGUAAACUAAAAUGCUAGAAUUAAUCGACUUUAACGCUACAUAUUUUAAUAGAAUAUCUAACUCGCUUACAGGACUGGAAAUAAGAAUUGCCCCGCCCGCUGUAUGCGACGUUGUAUUAAAAUUGCGAAAGCUGGAUAUUUCGGGCGAUGUUUACUAUUUUUCUACUCGGCUGUUGAAAAACGCAGUGAGGUAUCUUUCUCAUUCUCGCCGAUAGUGCACUUAUCACGGACGCGGGAGACCUGUCUUUUGUCACACAACAGCUACCGUGGACAUUUCCUGAGCACCUAGUACCCAGUUGCAGCUAAACCUAGCUGCGUUUAAAUGACUACGUCUGAAACUAUUUACGUACAGUAAAAAACCUCAUUUGUUUCCCGUGCUUCAUCUUCUUUUCUUAUUCUUGUUCUUGUUCUUCUUCUUCUUCCGAAAAUGCACCCAUCGGUAGAAUAUUCGGACAACGGUAUGAAGAACGACCCGACUUAACUGACGGCCGACUGUGAAUUACGUCAUAUGGGCUUUUAUCUUGACAUCCAUUCACAGACCUUUGCAGACAUUACACUACUAAUAACAAUCACUUGCCAUGACUUCAAACCAUCACUCAAACACCUUUAUUUUGAGGAACGUACUCCUUGUUUAUUUUUAAUUACCGCGCUCAUUUCUCUUGUCGUACGAAAGCGUAAUAUGAGUCCUUCAGGAGAAAUCUAAACUGUUUCUGUGCUUUCCCGCAUUUUGUCAGCUCACUGUCUAGUCUGCUGCUCCACCCCUAAAACUCCCCUUAUCACCAAUCACGUAUGACACGAUUCAUAGUCUGCCGACAGUACAGCGGGUCUAUCUUCAUACCCUUUCCAAAUUUUGCGUUAAAUCUUUCCUGUGUCAGUAAUUGCUCAGUACACAUUAUGUACGGAUUGCGUAAUCAUACGCAAAGUAUGUGAGAAACUGCUAUGGCCGGAGUGUAAAAGUGCAUUUAUUAUGCGCAGCGUGGGCUAUUUCUAGUUCUUUAAGGCUGUCAAAUGUAGCCUUACCAACAUAUCCUUACGCAAAUCCUGAAUAAUGGAGGUAGUGUGCAUUCCGAGGCGAUAUAAUAAAAGGAGAAGGCUCGUCGGAAAAUCGAGCUAUACUCGUGAAUUCUCAAGUCGGUUACACCAACCCUUCGUCAGACGAAAUGAAAAGUGUGAGGGAGACAAUCGCACUUUUGAACACAGGCAUCCCAAGAAUCAUAAUUCGGAAGAAAUAAGUUCUUUGGGAAAGAUAAAUUAGUUUGAGUGCGUAUUUUCGACUUUUGUUCCCUUAAGUCGUCCUCAGACGUGAAGUGUGCAAAACAGUUAACAUUUAAACAUGCCUAAAAAUCUAUUUUGCCUUCUCACUCCUGCUGGCGUAAUGUCCUGAUUAAUCAAUGCCUUUUCUACUUCUUCUCGAGGCUGUUGUACACCGCAUCCAAUUCUACGUGUCGAUUGAUGCAUGCGUUAUCAGAAUCGAUGGCCUCUAAAAAUUCACGGCGCUUCUUAGAUGAGCAUACACCUACAAUGCGAGUCCUGUCCCAAGCGAAUUUGUGUCCAAUUUUUAGCGUACGCAUGGCAGCUUGGGACAAGUGGUCUGGCCUUUGUACGAACAGUUGAUGUUCGCGUAUUCGUGUAGAGGCCUAUUUCCCAGUUCGUCUGCAUUAAACCGAAUUAAGGUGUCGGAUGGUAUCUUAGAGACGACCUCCUUCUUAUCUAAAUAGCAAACCCUAUCCUUUGGGUGCACAAUCUGGUUACGAAGUGUAGUCGUCGAAUUGUGCGCCACAUGUAUUUGGUGCUUCAUCAGGUGUCUUUCAACUAGUUCGGACACAUUCUUAUUGCACAGAAGUGCUCGCCAGUUUUUUGGUUCGGGCGACUGAUCGGAUCAAUCUAGUUCCUUGUCUUUUUCUUUUAACUCCUGUCGUCUCAUGCAUCGGUGUACAGAAUAUCUUGGAUAUCCUUUCUGGGAACACAGUAUGAACAAAUAAUGUAGUUCUGUUUGAUAGGUUUCAUUGUCAGAGCAGUGGGUUCUUGCUCGGUUAGGGAGGCUGUUUGUGAGAGAUCGGGUGAUUGCUCUCGUAAUGCAAAAGCAAUUCCGCGCAGGUUUCCUUUCGGUAAACCGAAGUAUGAAAUGUCCCGUCAGGCUUCCUCUGUACGAGAACAUCAAGAAACCGGAGUUUGUUGUCAGCCUCUUCCUCAAGUGUGAAUGCGAUUCCUGGAAGUGUUGAGUUUAUAAUAUUGUAUAUAUAUAUAUAUAUAUAUAUAUAUGUAUGCACGUGUCGACCCAUUUGGCCUUUCUUUGCUUUUUCUGUAAGUUCGGGUUGCGUGCUCCACAAAGACACUCCUGGUGUGCCUCUACCCACCCUCAUACCCGCCCUACCAAUCCCUCAACCAGAAUCUCGCCAGUGGACAGGCCAUUGCCUACUUUGUGGGCGCUGGACAGACCGGUCAGAUGAUGGAACGCAGUUGUGUGCUCACCUUCAGUGAACUGCGCGCGCAGGGGCUUCCAUCUUAUCGUCGCGCGGGUGCCGCAGUCGACGCUCUCUUUGCGGCCAUGGAGAAACACCUCUGCACUUUCAUCGACUUCAAGAAGCAGUCCAAGAAGCGCUCGCCUUGUGGCACUUCUGUUGAUCGAAACUCGGUGAGUUGCGCUCCAGACAGGCAAACUGUUUUUGAAAAUCGCCUCUACGGAGGAAGGAGGAACAAAUGA